CAGAUGGCGAUGAUUCUACUUGCUGUACUGCCGUCUUCUUGGCACCUCCUCGACGCACAAGGGAAGGAAGUUUCACAACAUCGGUGCGACCCAUCAACCCUCGCCUUCACAGCGCUUGGAGUUACAGGCCACGCGCAGCGAGCCAGAUUGGAUUUAAGGCAAACAAGAAACUGCAGAAGAACUUCUUCCAGAAGCGCAAGUACGAAGAGUAUCCGCAGCCGUUGAAGCUGCCAUCACCACAGAAGCGGCAGCACAAGGACAUGAACAUGGACUUGGUAUCUCUGCACAUGGUCAACCACAUCGCCUGCAAUGAUGCAAAGGCCAACUCUCACCAGGUCACCAAGAUGAGCCUGGGACAGAGUGGGUCGCAGAUUUGGCACGAGCACGUGGAGUUGCCCUCGCCCCUGCAGGCCAAGACGCAUGCGCCCUCACAGCUGCUGCUCGCUGACGGCACCAGCAGUAGCAACAGCAGCAGCAGCCAAGCGAAAUACCGCUGUAGCAGCAACUGGAGGAAAGCUGUGCCAAUUGGAGCGUGCUUCAAGCCCUCGGUGAGAGCCAGGGAGAUGCCGCCACCGAAAAACUUCCAGAGUGGUAGGGGGCUGUCCCCCAUUAACGAGCACCGUUUGCCCGCGGCGGACCCUGCUGUAUUUGGCGGGGGGCCCUCCUGCUCAUGGCCUCAGCCCCCCGAAAACCGCUCCAUGGUGACGGCAGCACAGAGCCCCUUCAUGCCAUUUUCAAGUCCGUGGAUCGUCCCGGAGGGCAAAACAAACGCAGACGCGAUCUGCAGACGUGCGCUCUGUAUGGAGCAACGGGAUCUCAACACCUCCGACCCCACCAGCUCCUGGGCACCGCGUGGAGUGGGGCCCAGCGCAGGUCACUUCAUGGAGAGUUCCGACUUCGCCCACGAGGCCCUGGCCCUGCACGUCGUGCCGUCGCUCAUGCACUAUCAGAACUCGGACUACAAGCCCAAAACUCCGAGGCCUUUCCAGCUCGACACCACUGAGCACAGCCUCAUCGAGGACGAUGACUUCCUCCUUGACGAUCGUGGACCCGCGCUGUUCCUCCAGGGGCUGUCAACCUCCGGGCACACAUCCCCCAGGCCCUGGUUCGAGGUUGAGGACCCGUGGUGGCAGCAGCAACAUCAGCAGCAGUUGGGGUUAAAUCCCAUGCAGUGGGGGCUGGGUGGGCCUCCACAUGGUCACCCCCAGGACUAUGGCCCACCAGACAUGGAGCUGGCCUCAGGGUUCAUCUUUCAACAUCUGAGCCCCAGGAGGGGCCUUGACUCAGCGUUUGACGGAAAAAUGACACUGGCCGCUCAUGGCAUGCGCGAUUUCCUCUGCUUUGAGACGAGCGCGGUCGCGGUGCCGGUACAGGAUGGAGGAGGGAGCUGCGAGAUAUCCAAAAUAUGGCUCCAGGAGACUGCAGCGUGGAGCUUCACCGACGCCCACUCGGUGGCUAAUGAUCACUGGAACUCUGCUCCCGACCAGAAAAUAAAUGCCCACGAGCAGGAUCACGAGGAGGAGGAGGAGUUGAAGCGAGGGGGGCACUCCAAUAGACCCCGGCCCCCCCUGCAGCUGCGUGGGGCAUUCCCAUGCCGCGAAGGGGACCCUCUGUGCCAUCCAAAGCUGUUGUGGACGGUGCCUGGGUGCAGUACGUCCUCCACGGAGUCCGAGAGCAGCCAAGUCCAUUCGGAAAUGUCGGACACAGAUGGGGACUCUGAAACCUCCGCGACCUACAGCUCGCCCACAGUCUCCGCAUCGUCGUGGGCGUCAACCAAUCGGCUGAGCAAUCAGCUGGUCCCCACGUGCACAUCAGAUGGUUCCUGCGUCCAGCGCACGGCGCAGAGCUUGACAGAGGUCAUACCGAGACCCCGGGGUCAAAAAAAAGAGCAGUGGGUGGAGGAAGAAGAGCAAGGAGAUGAACAUAAGGUGGAGGAGGAUAGGCAUGAGAAGGAGCAUGAGGAGGAGGAGCAGGAGGAGCGUGAAGAAGAGGAAGAUGCGAAAGAGGUGGCCAAUCCUGCCACGCCAGUCGAGGCCCACGCGAGCCACCACGCGAGCGUGCAGUGCGACCUAACGCCCGAGAUGCAGUCCACUGAGUACUGGCGGCUGCUGCAGGUCUCGCACCGGCUCCAGAAACUCCAGCAGCAGGAGCACCAGCAGAAGAAGCUGGAACUGCAGUAGCAAGAGCAGCAGCAGCAACAGCAGCAGCAGAGGUUAGCAGAGGCAGAGCCGUCCUUCAGUGCGGGGCUCAUUAGCGCGGCGGGUGGAUCCCGGGCGACGCGUGAUGGAUGAGACCUGGGGCAAUCCAAGCGCGUCCACCUCGGGUGCAGCUCCUAGAGGGCUGAGCGCCUGCAUAACCGCCUCUCUGCUUCCCUCCCUCUGCUCCCCCUACCCUGCUCCCCCCCCCCCCCCCCGCCUCCUAACUUUACCCACCACAACUUCCUGAAGCUUCUGUGGAGGUGCCCCCCCCCCG